AUGCUGGCGCGCAUCAUGCGUGAGCGCCGCGAUGCGCCGGUGCAGCGGUUCGGCGCAAAGGUGGACGCGCAUGCGUUCGACGCCACCGUUCCCUGGCCGCCGCUGCUGCAUAUCAGCGGCCUGCCGGAGAAACUCAACUCGUCGAACCUGCUGCUGCAGAGCUUCGGGAAGCAAGGCGUCAAGGACGCGCACCCGAUCUACCUGGGGCCCGUUAAAGGGCGGGCCGUCCUCGUCUUCGAGAAGGACCACUCCGGCUGGGAGAGGGCGAAGGCUUUCCUCGAUACGUGCGGCAUGGAGCGGGACGAGGUGGUGCGCCUGCGCGGUGAGGGCAAGACCGAGGAGGCGGCGGCGAAGGAGAAGGCGCGGAUCAAGUCGGAGUGGGUGCAGGAGCACGUGUACAACGGGUGGAAGAACGAGCAGUGGGCGAAGAAGAAGCUGUUCCGCACGGUGGUGGUCUUCCGGAGGAAGAACGAGCUCGAGCAGGAGGUGGCGGAGGCGAAGAGGAUGCAGAAGGAGGAGCAGGACCGGCUCCUGCUGCGCUCCGUGCAGGAGGCGGAGAAGCUCAAGGAGCAGCUGACUGCGCAGAAGGAGGAGGAGGCGGCCAAGGCGAAGCAGGCAGAGGAUGAGCUUGCUGAGCGGAAGGCGAGAGAGGAGCAGGAGAGGCAAAAGGUCGCGGCGCUUGACGCGCAGCUGGCGGAGCUCCAAGAGGAGCGCGAGGUUUCGCGGCGGCAGCAGGAGGAGCAGCGCGCGAAGCAGGUCGAGAAGGACAAGGAGCUCGACGAGGUGCGCGCGGCGCAGCGCGUGGCCGAGGAGCGGCUGCGCCGGCUCGAGGAGGACCUGCGCGAGAACCUCGAUCUCGUCUGCGCGAGCCUGAACCAAAAGGAGGCGGCGCUGAAGGAGUCGGGCGCCUCGUCCGAGACCGCGCGGCAGGAGGAGGAGAUCCGGGAGUUGAAGAGCUUCCAGGCCAAGCUGGAGCAGGACAAGCGCGAGGCGGAGGACAAGGCUGCGGAGGCGAAGAAAGCGGCUGCGGCGGCGAAGACGGCGGCAGAGAACCAGAGCAGUGUGGAGAAAACAACCUUGGAAGGCAUGGCGAGCGAGAUGCAGCUCCUCGAGGAUGGCGUGAGCUUCGCGGACAAGGAGCUCCGCCGCGGCGAUAAUCCCGAGCGGCUUGAGCGGACUGGGAAGUUCGUCGAUCGGAAGGUGGGCGAGCUCGACCUUGACGUGCUGAAGAAGUGCGGCAUGAAGCUGAAGAUGACGGACUACGACGCACACGGGAACCCUGUCCACCUCGAUUUGUGGGUGGCCAACUGGCAGUGCGCAAUCUCUGGCGCCGAGCCAGCUUACUACGACUUGCCCUCUACCUACCCCGCCUUCAAGCCGUCUGACGCCUUCCGUUCUUUCCAGGGCAAGUUUGUCACCGUGCGUGAGGAGGACGAAGUCAUCCCCGGGCGGAGCCUGCGAAUGCCGGGCCUUGGGGGCCGUGCCGUCCAGACCCCAGACACGGUCUGCAGCGCGGCCUUUGUGAAGGACAUCCGGCGCCGCUACCCGAAGGGCGCGGACCGCAUUCUUCGCCACAUCAUGACGACGUGCAACCUGAUUCGGGACUGCAAGGCUGCCAGCGGCUACAGCAUUCCGCGUGUCCUUUGGGACACGGAGAGGGACGCGCCCAUGCGACUGGAGGACAAAAUCCGUUACCUCAUAGAAUUCUCGCGGGCGGGCGGAUCUGCUUAGUUGGAGGACCGUUCAGCGGGGAUAGUCUAGAUCUCCCGGCGCUCUCUCUCUUGCCUCUUUCGCUGGUCUGAUACGUUUGCAGUGUUGGAGAAGAGAGAGGCAGCUGAGGGCGUUUUGAGGAGCCGUGCAUGUACUGAAGCUGGUCCGGCGCUGCGUGUGAAGUCGAUGUGUGGGAUUCGGAUUGGUUUGUACUUUGUUUAUUGUGUCCCUGUGGCCUGUGUAAAUAAAU